UGGGGAUGUCUUUUAGGCUCAGAUCACGGCGCCCCCGGUUCCCGGGGGAUCGGGGCGCGGGUUCACGUCAUGGCGUUGGCCAUUCAUGAGCCAACGGGCUUCUCCAAGUCGAACCUCUACGAUGGCCUCAGGUCGGUGGUGGUCCACGUGGGUGGCUCCGAGGAGGAGGUCCCGAUGGAUCCGCAGCGGGGGCCCAUGGUGAUGCAACUGGAUGGCACCACGACGCAUCUUCAAACGGUGCGUGGCAUCUGCGGUGGGGGCCAGGUUGCCGAGAAGCUUUGGGAUCAGAUGACCGCCACUGAGCAAACCUGUGCCCUGCACAUUUGUGCCAGGAAGAAUCGUUCCUCGGAGAAGUCCGAAGGUUUACAUGCGGUGGGCCCUCGGCACUGUGUGUAUACAUGUGCAUAUGCACAUGCAUAUUAUAUUGUAUUUGCAUAUUAUACCGGGAUAUUGGUGUAA